AUGGAGAGAAAGUUUGACAUGGUUUUGAGAAGAAUUUUGAUCUCUGGUUCAAUCCACUAUCCAAGAAGCACACCUCAGAUGUGGCCAGAUUUAAUUCAAAAGGCCAAAGAUGGAGGUGUUGAUGUGAUUGAAACAUAUGUGUUUUGGAAUGGACAUGAACCUUCUCAAGGAAAUUAUUACUUUGAAGAUAGGUUUGAUUUGGUUAAGUUUGUGAAAGUGGUUCAACAAGCUGGACUUUAUGUUCACUUGCGUAUUGGUCCCUAUGUUUGCGCGGAAUGGAAUUUCGGGGGAUUUCCUGUUUGGCUAAAGUAUGUACCAGGUGUUGCUUUCAGAACCGACAACCAGCCGUUCAAGGCUGCAAUGCAAAAAUUCACUGCUAAGAUUGUCAGUAUUAUGAAAGCAGAGAGAUUGUUUCAAAGCCAAGGUGGUCCAAUUAUUUUGUCUCAGAUUGAGAAUGAGUAUGGACCGGUGGAAUGGGAAAUUGGUGCUCCUGGAAAAGCUUAUACGAAAUGGGCUGCUCAAAUGGCUGUUGGUCUAGACACGGGUGUACCGUGGAUUAUGUGUAAACAAGAAGAUGCUCCUGAUCCUAUUAUUGAUACCUGCAAUGGAUAUUACUGCGAAAACUUCUCUCCCAACAAGAACUACAAACCCAAAAUGUGGACUGAAAACUGGACUGGCUGGUACACUGAUUUUGGCAGUGCUGUCCCUUAUAGACCAGCAGAAGACUUGGCAUUCUCAGUUGCCAGAUUCGUACAGAAUCGCGGCUCAUAUGUUAACUACUAUAUGUAUCAUGGGGGAACUAAUUUUGGAAGGACAACUAGUGGCCUUUUCAUUGCCACAAGCUACGACUACGAUGCUCCUAUCGAUGAAUACGGACUUAUAAACGAACCAAAAUGGGGGCAUCUAAGAGAUUUACAUAAAGCGAUAAAGCAAUGCGAGUCAGCUUUGGUGUCCGUGGAUCCGACAGUGUCAUGGCCCGGAAAAAACCUUGAGGUGCAUCUUUACAAGACAAGCUUUGGUGCAUGUGCUGCAUUCCUUGCAAAUUACGACACCUCGUCGUGGGCAAAAGUUCCAUUUGGAAAUGGCCAGUAUGACCUCCCACCCUGGUCUAUCAGUAUUCUUCCUGACUGCAAAACUGAGGUUUUCAACACUGCAAAGGUUGGUGCUCCGAGGUUCCAUAGAAAGAUGACUCCUGUAAACAGCGCGUUUAAUUGGCAGUCAUACAAUGAACAACCUGCCGCCUCCGGUGGAGAAAGUUCGAUCACAACGGCUGCACUUUUGGAGCAGGUCGGCGUCACUCGCGAUUCGUCAGAUUAUUUGUGGUACAUGACAGAUGUCAACAUUAGUCCUAAUGAAGCUUUCUUAAAGAAUGGCCAAUAUCCUGUUCUUACAGCAAUGUCGGCCGGCCAUGUUCUGCAUGUUUUUGUUAACGGUAAACUUUCAGGAACUGCGUACGGAGGAUUGGAUAAUCCUAAACUAACAUUUAGCAGUAGUGUGAAGCUAUGGGCUGGCAAUAACAAGAUUUCUCUACUUAGUGUUGCAGUCGGUCUCUCGAAUGUUGGCUUACAUUACGAAACAUGGAAUGUUGGAGUGUUAGGCCCGGUAACGUUAAAGGGUCUAAAUGAGGGGGCAAGAGACUUGUCUAAACAAAAAUGGUCUUACAAGACUGGACUGAAAGGUGAAUCUUUGAACCUUCAUACCGCAACUGGAAGUUCCGCGGUAAAAUGGUCACAAGGAUCAUUUUUGUCUAAAAAGCAGUCUCUCACAUGGUACAAGACAACUUUCAGCGCGCCCGCUGGAAAUGAUCCGUUGGCUCUAGAUAUGAGUAGCAUGGGAAAGGGUGAAAUAUGGGUAAACGGUAAGAGCAUUGGUCGCCAUUGGCCCGGAUAUAUAGCACGUGGUAAUUGUGGCAGUUGUAAUUAUGCCGGAACAUUUACCGAUAGUAAAUGCCGAACAAAUUGCGGACAACCAACUCAAAAAUGGUAUCAUAUUCCUCGCUCGUGGCUAAACUCAGGCGGGAACUUCUUGGUUGUGUUGGAAGAAUGGGGAGGUGACCCUACCGGAAUUUCAUUGGUGAAAAGAACAUAA